AUGUUACUUUCCAAAUUACUGACACCAUCUUCGGUAUUGUCAAUUUUGAGCGUUGCUGCGUUCACAGCGACCGCCGCGCCAUCGCCCGGUAUUCAAGUGACGGAAAAUACAAAUCAAGAUCAUCACGAGCACGCCAAGCGUGGAGGAACAUGUAGUUUUCCCAACUACGAUGGAAUGGUAGCAGUACAAAAGGAUGGAUCUAACGCCGGAUGGGCAAUGAGUCCUGACCAAGAAUGUUCCUACGGUUCAUGGUGCCCCUACGCGUGCAAGCCAGGACAGCUAAUGGGACAAUGGGACCCCUCGGCCACCACAUACUCGUACCCCAAGUGUCAAAACGGUGGGUUAUACUGUGAUUCCAAUGGUAACCUGCAAAAGCCAAAUAGCGAUAAAGACUACUGUUAUGAUGGGAAAGGGACUGUUGUAGCGAAAAACAACGCUAAAAGCGGUGACGUUGCGUUCUGUCAGACUGUGCUGCCGGGUAAUGAAGCCAUGUUGAUCCCAACCUUAGUUGGCUCCGGAUCGAAACAAGUUCUAGCCGUACCUGGUACAGACUACUGGGCCUCCACGGCAUCGCAUUACUACGUCAAUGCUCCAGGUGUCAGCGUGAAGGACGCAUGUCAGUGGGGUAGUAGUGCCAAUCCACAGGGCAAUUGGGCCCCAUUUGUAGCGGGCUCCAACAUGGAUGACAACCAAAACACGUUCGUGAAAAUCGGUUGGAAUCCGGUUUACCUGGAAUCUUCCUGUCCGUUUAAAGACGUAAAACCCUCCUUCGGCAUUAGAAUUACUUGUGAAGACGAGUCGCAGUGUGAAGGCUUACCAUGCUCCAUAGAUCCAAGUUCCAAUGCAGUUAACGAGGUGACGAGCUCUGGCGGCGGUUCCUCUGGGGCCGGUGGUGGAAACUUCUGUGUGGUCACUGCCAGAAACGGCGCUAAGGCCAGCAUCGAAGUGUUCGAUGUCGGUUCAUCUUCUAAAAACAAGAGAGAGGUGAACCCACUAGAUGGUCUUACUACAACAAUCACUGAGACCAAAUAUGAGACUAUUACAGUUACUGCUAAAGCAUAG